AUGAAGAAUCUUCGAGAGAUGGAUCAUCAAGAAGAGGAGGAAUCUCGCUCGUUAUUAUUGAACUCGGGUGAUGCUGCUGUUUCUCCAAAAAGCUCGACCGAUAAGUCUUUUCAUGUCAAGGAAGAAGUUUCAAUUUAUGGUGAUAAAAAGAAAAAUCCAAUUCUCUUACAAAUCAUCAAAUUUAAAAACUUUUAUCAAUCGGAAUCAUUGAGAAGAGUGAGAAGAUGGGUGGCAUUAGUUAUUGGAGCAUUGGUGAUGAUUGCAUGUGGAACUCAAUAUUCCUUUUCAUCGAUCAGUCCAUCUCUCAAAAAACGUUUCGAUUUGACUCAAACCCAAGUGAAUACCAUUGGAACAGCAGCUAAUUUAGGAACCAAUUUUAGUUUUCUCUUUUCUUUGAUCAAUGAUUUUUUAGGAUGUCGAGCAUGUUCUUUUGUUUCUGGCUUGUGUUUAUUUACUGCUUACUUUUUAAUGUCACUUGCAGUUUCAGGCGCAUUGCCAUGGGCUGAAAAUUAUAUUGCCUUGUCAGUGUUCAUGUUUUUGAUGGGAAAUGCUUGCGGUGGAGGAUAUACAGCUGCCAUUGUGACAAAUAUUAAGAAUUUUCCAGAAAGAAAUCGAGGACUUGUUGUGGGUGUCAUGGCUUCAUGUUUUGGUAUUAGUAGUGCCAUCUAUUCCUUCUCCUAUUCCUAUAUUUUCCAACUCGAAUUACAACCUUACAUGAUUUUCUGUGCCAUUUUAGGAGCAGUUGUUGUGAUGGGUUUAGGAACCAUCUUUUUAGAUAGUCAUUCAUCGGCAGAUUCUCCAAAAAAAGAAUCAAAAGAAAGUUCUAUUAACACAUCCGAAGCAUCGAGUGAAAAUGUGAUUGAACAACAAAUGACUGAAGAAAGUGUUGAAAUUGAAAAGAUUAACAUGAAAAUGAAAGAAUUGGAAAUGCCAAAUUUGAACUCGUUGAAAAUGUUAAUUUCUCUUGACUUUUAUUUGGUGUUUUUGAUUAUAUUUAUUGUGAUUGGAGCCGGUAUUACUGUCAUUAACAAUUUGGGUGGAGUGGUGUUGGCCUACGGAGGUUACAAUGGACAACAAAACAUCAUGGUCAUUAUCUUUUCUCUCAGUAAUUGUUCAGGACGAUUGAUUUUUGGAUUUUUGAGUGACAAAUUUUUGAAUCCAAAACGAAAUAUCACAAGAAUUACAUUUCUUGCUAUUUGUACCUUAAUGAUGACGAUCGUGCAAUUUUUAUUUGCAGUCAUGCCAUUGGGUGGUAUUUAUGUUUUGGUCAUCUUGUUGGGUAUUUGUUAUGGAGGUACUUUUGCAUUGACUCCAGCCUUCAACAGUGAAAGAUUUGGUUCUAAAUAUUUCGGUAUGAACAGCACCAUUCAAAGUAUGGCAGCCUCACUUGGAAGUUAUGCCUUCUCGACAGGUAUGGCAGGUGCCAUCUAUCAGGCCAAUGUGGUUCCACCAAGAACUCUCACAUGUCAUGGAAGAGAUUGUUAUGAAGGAACAUUUUUCAUCUUGUCGUUUUUAUGUUGCAUUGCAUUGGUUUUUUGCAUGAUUUUGCAAUAUAGAACCAAAUGGCUUUAUUCUACCAUGUAUAGAAGGAAGUUACUUGCUCAUCGUUUAGAAACACUUGAGAAACAACAAAAGGUUUAA